AUGUCGGCCUCGGCGAUAUAUUUUCUGGAUAUGAAAGGCAAAGUGAUUAUUUCUCGAAACUAUCGGGGCGAUAUCGAGAUGAAUGUGAUCGAGAAGUUCAUACAGAUAUUGUUAGAAAAAGAAGACGAAUCGCAGUUAUCACCAAUAUUCCAGCAUGGAGACGUGGCGUUUGUUUAUAUAAAAUAUAAUAAUCUUUAUUUGGUGUGUACGACGAAGAUUAAUGCGAAUAUAGCUAUGGUUUUAGCAUUUCUUUAUAAAUGUGUUCGAGUGUUUUGUGAAUACUUUAAAGAACUUGAGGAAGAAUCGAUUCGUGAUAACUUUGUUAUUGUCUAUGAAUUACUUGAUGAAUUGAUGGAUUUUGGAUUUCCUCAAUCGACUGAUUCGAAAAUUCUUCAGGAAUACAUCACACAAGAAGGUCAUAAGUUAGAAGAAGUUCGUCCACCACAAGCCUUGACUAAUCAAGUUAGUUGGCGAUCCGAUGGUAUCAAAUAUAGCAAAAACGAAGUGUUUCUCGAUGUCGUCGAAGCUGUGAAUCUUCUCGUUAGUUCAAAUGGAAAUGUUCUCCGUUCGGAAAUCAAUGGCGUUAUUAAAAUGCGCGUUUAUCUAAGUGGCAUGCCGGAAUUGCGUCUCGGAUUGAAUGACAAGAUUCUUUUCGAAACAACCGGACGUGCGAAGAACAAAGGUAUUGAAUUGGAGGAUGUCAAGUUUCACCAAUGUGUUCGUUUAUCACGUUUUGAAAAUGAUCGUACAAUUUCAUUUGUUCCACCAGAUGGUGAAUUUGAAUUAAUGUCCUAUCGACUCAAUACUCAAAUAAAACCAUUGAUUUGGAUCGAAUCCGUCAUUGAAAAGCAUGCUCAUUCGCGCGUAGAAUAUAUGAUUAAAGCUAAAUCACAAUUCAAACGUCGGUCAACAGCAAAUAAUGUGGAAAUUAUCGUUUCUGUUCCAGCUGAUGCACACAAAGGACAAUUUAAAGCAACAGCAGGUUCGGUUAAAUAUGUUCCUGAGAAAACGGCCAUGGUUUGGUCAAUUAAAUCUUUUCCAGGUGGAAAAGAAUACUUAAUGCGUGCUCAUUUCAAAUUACCAAGUAUUGUUGGCGAGGAUAUCGAGGCUAAACCACCGAUAGAAGUGAAAUUCGAAAUUCCUUACUUUACUACAUCAGGCAUACAAGUUCGUUACUUGAAAAUUAUCGAAAAAAGUGGUUAUCAAGCGUUACCGUGGGUUCGUUAUAUAACACAAAAUGGUGAUUACCAAAUCCGUACACAAUGA